AUGGAACCCGUGAGCUUUGCGGUCGGCAUCAUAGGACUUGCUGGUUUGUUCAGUACUUGUCUGGAUGUUCUGGACAAAGUCGACUCUCGGAAAGACUUUGGAAGCGAUUCACAGAAUCUGUCUGCCCAGUUCAAGGCCCAUAAAUUACGUCUUGAAAGAUGGGGCAAAGCAGUUGGAUUCGAGAACGGAGGUGUUUCUGAUGUGCAUGAUAAGACUUUGGAUGACCCGCACGUUCUGUCUGCAGUCAAGGACCUCCUCACAGUCGUGAAAGACGUGUGCCAUAUCAAGGAUGAUGUAUUUUCCCCAUCCCAAUUCACACCAGACACAACCGGGAAACAUGUAUUACCCCGGAGACAUACUCGUUUGGAUAUCCCGAAGGGGCCAAAAAUGCAGAAACUGAACUGGGCAUUGAGAGAUAGAGCGAAAAGAGUCAAUCAGGUCGGAAACUUUGCAGCCCUCGUCGACAUCCUAUACAGCCUGGUUCCAGUCGGGGGAGAAAGAGGCUUCAAUGGCUUCAUGGAGAAUCAAGACGGGGAAAGUUUUGACCGUGUGGCUUUCAAUGCACAGCUCGUGGAUAUUGUGAGCAAGAUCCAGAGUGAGAUGGAAGCGGAGACAAUGCGUGACAUGCAAAGGAGGAUUAAUGGAACAUGCGAAUGGAUUCUUAGCGCCCCUUGGUUUCAUGAUUGGCAGUCAUCAGAUCUUUCAUCAAAUCGUCCUAAGGUCCUGUGGCUGAAUGCCCCAGCAGGCUUCGGCAAAUCUAUUUUAUGUGCCAGAGUAGUUGAUUAUUUGUCUUCUGCUCUGAGUCAGCCCACUUGCAAUUUUUUCUUUUCGACCGAUCUUGAGAGAGAAGAUCAUUUUGUGGCCAUCAGAAACUGGCUUUCUCAGAUGAUUUCUCACCCGACGGCAUAUGGCCUAAUUCAUGAGCUCUGGUCUGCCCAACAAGGAGUCAAGGCGACACGUCACGAAAUAACCAAUCUCCUACGUGAUGUUGCAAGAGCAGUCCCAGGAUGUACCUUCACUCUGGAUGGUCUGGAUGAGUGUAUUCGAAGGGCUGAGCAUCAGGAGGAUUCCAUUGCUGGCUUUCUCAAUACUAUCAGACGCGCCACUGCCGGAACACCAACUCGUCUGUUGAUUGUCAGCCGCGAUGAGCCCGAAAUCCGAAGCUGCUUUUCCGAAAUGGAAGGUAUCUUUUUUACGCAACAUAAAAUUACCCCUGAUGAUGUCCAGGCUGAUAUUGAAAUAUACUCUCGGUCGGUAGUCGACAGAAAACUUGCAAAGAAGACCGAGACAAUCAGGCAAGACAUAUCACAGCAGCUGUCUGAACGCUGCAAUGGUCAAUUCCUCUGGAUUAAGUUACAGGAGAACGAUCUUCGAAGCACAGCAAAUCAAAAAGCACUGCAGAGAAUCAUCAACUCUACUCCGGUAGGGCUUGAGGACGCCUACCAGCGUAACUGGAAGAGAAUAUCACAGCUAUCUGAUGAAUACCGAGCGCGCUCUAUCAAUAUACUUCGAUGGACUGCGUUUGCUGUGAGGCCUCUGACAGUGAACGAGAUGGUCGGAGCUCUACUUGUCGCCGAGGACAACGACGAAGUCCUCCUGGAUGAGAUACCUGAUGAGAUAGACGAAGACUAUAUAGAGAUUGAGAUUCUGAAAGACUGCAACUCCCUACUCGAGAUUCGAAUGCCCCAGUCAGGAUGUUCUGCUGGCGUGAAAUCCAUUCAUCUAGCACAUUUCUCCGUCAAAGAAUACCUGCUACAGGUGCUCUAUGUUCCAACUCCAAGCCAAAAUUUGCGACUCGAUCCCAUAUCGCAAUUCUCAGUGGACGGAAUCCAAAGCAUUCUGUUAGGAAAGAUGUGCCUUCGAUAUUUGAAUUGUCAAGCAGUCUGGGAAUCUAUGACUGAGGAAUACCAGCUUCUAAGCUACUUUCGAAACUACGCAGCUGAGUCAUGGCAGCAACACACGGUAGAGGACACAAAGGAUGCUCAGCUGACAAAACUCAUCCACAAUUUCUUUGACGAGGAAAAUCCAACCUGGAGAGCCUGGAAGGAAUGGUUUGACUCCAAUUAUACGGAUGGCAACAGGGAAAUGGAAAAUGAUGCCAACCCCCUUCCUACUUCUGCCGGUCCCGGGUGGUAUGCAGCAUACCUUGGAAUGCAUGAUGUUGUUCAGAGCUUUCUCCGCAUCAGCAACGAUGGCGUUGAAGACAAGGGGAUCGGGGGGCUUACUGCUUUGGGGGUAGCUUGCUCAGAGGGACAGCUGGAAAUUGCAAAAAUGUUACUCAGAGCUGGAGCUGACGUUGAAAAUGCAACGAAUAAAGGGCAAAUACUGAUAUCCUUCGCUAUUGGAAACCUUGAGAUAGUCAAGCUCCUUCUUGAAAAUGGCGCAGACAUUGAAUCUGCCGAAGAUGAUGGUUGGAAUGCACUGCAUUUUGCCUGUAAUGGAGGCUAUCUCGAAGUUAUGAGGCUUCUUCUUGAUGCUGGUGCAGAUAUUCACGCUACUACCAACGAUGGGACGACCGCGCUGAUCAUCACCUGUCGUCAGGGCCAUCUUGAAAUGGCGAAGCUAUUUCUUGGUAAUGGUGCAAAUAUCGAAGCUGCUACCAACGAUGGGACGACUGCACUGAUCACCGCUUGUUGUAACGGCCAUCUUGAAGUAGUUAGGCUACUUCUUGACACUGGUGCAGAUAUUUCAGCUGCUACCAAAGAUGAUGGGACGACCGCACUGAACACCGCCUGUCGCAACGGUCAUCUUGAAGUAGUUAGGCUACUGCUUGAUACUGGUGUCAAUAUCGAAGUUGCUACCAACGAUGGGACGACCGCACUGAUCAUCGCUUGUUGUAACGGCCAUCUUGAAGUAGUUAGGCUACUUCUUGAUACUGGUGUAGAUAUCGAAGCUACUGAUAAGUAUGGGUUGAAUGUGCUAUAUUGGGGCUGUGCUCUAGGCCAUCUUGAAAUGGUUAGACUACUUCUUGAUACUGGCGCAGAUAUCGAAGCUGCUACUAACUAUGGGACGACCGCACUGAUCACCGCUUGUCGUAGUGGUUAUCUUGAAGUAGUCAGGCUACUUCUUGAUACUGGUGCAGAUAUCGAAGCCGCUACCAACUAUGGAAAAACCGCACUGAGCACCGCUUGUCGUAAUGGUCAACUUGAAGUGGUUAGGCUACUUCUUGAUGCUGGUGCAGAUGUCGAAGCUGCUGACCCCACUGGGUGGAAUGCACUGAUCACUGCUUGCUCUAACGGUAAUCUUGAAGUAGUUAGGCUACUUCUUGAUACUGGUGCAGAUAUCGAAGCUGCUACCAACUAUGGGACGACCGCACUGAACACCGCCUGUCGCAACGGUCACCUUGAAGUGGUUAGGCUACUUCUUGAUGCUGGUGCAGAUAUUACGGCCAAUGACCCUACUGGGUGGAAUGCACUUAUCACCGCGUCUGCUGAAGGCCAUCUUGAUUUAGUCAAGCUGCUUCUGGAUAAUGGUGCAAAAUUUCAAGCUUCGAAUAGAUGGGGCCGCACAGCACUGUUUUUUGCUGCUUCGCAUGGCCAAAAGGAUGUCGUUCGGCUUUUCCUUGCCAACUAUAUCUCUCUGGUAGAUCUUCCUGAUACUUGGGGCUCAACACCGUUAUUCACAGCCGUCAAAAAUGGACAUUCUGAGGUGGUUCUCCAGUUGAUUCUCGUAUCAAGACUUACAGUCACUACCAAAGACAACCUGGGCAAAAAGUGCUUUGAGCUUGGUGCCCAAUGCCUGGAUCCUGACCAUGAGAUAACCCUGCAAGAACCUGAGGUGCUUUCAGAGAACGAUAUUGUUUGA